AUGCAUACAUUCCUAAAUCGAUUGAAUACUCUAUUUGCUUUUACACUCACUGUUCUUGCAGUGCUUACAUUUGGUGUUUUUCUUUCAACUUAUUUUGAACAAUAUCAUGGAACUCUUAGAAUUAGUACAAAUAAGGCUAUUGUAAAACAUAUGACUGAUUUUUCGGCUAAUCGAAAGAAAAAUGAUUUAGGUAUAUUACAACUUGAUUUGGAUAUGAAUCUUAAUUCAUUAUUUGAUUGGAAUGUUAAAGAAUUAUUUCUAUAUUUAAUUGCAGAAUAUGUUACACCAGCAAAUAGUCUUAAUCAAGUAGUUCUGUGGGAUCAAAUACUUCUACGUGGUAAUAAUGCACGCAUUAAUUUGCAUGAUAUUGUAACAAAAUAUUACUUUUGGGAUGAUGGAGAACAUCUACGAUCGAAUAAUGUAACAUUAACACUUGCUUGGAAUGUAAUACCAAAUGCUGGUGGUUUACCUCAUAUUCGAGCAAACGGAUCUACAUCUUUUAUUUUUCCUGAUCAAUAUACAACGAGUCGUUUGUUUCGUGAAUUUCUUGAAACGUACAAUCGCAUUGUAGAAGAAUGUUUCCAUCGUUGUAUUUAUUCAUUCAAUUAUCGAUAUUUACUUGAUGAAGAGGUUGAUUGUGUAACUCGCUGUACAUCAAAAUAUGUUAAUUAUAAUCAACGAAUGGCAAUGAAUUUUGCAGAUAUCCAAGCGAAAAAACUAAUUAAUAUGCAAGAACAAGUUGAAGCACAAUCACAAAUGAUGAAUAAUGAAAUCAAUGAUAAUUCUAAAUCUUCUUGA